AUGGUUAUUGCCGUGGUAGACAUUGCCUUUGGAAUGUUUACAGCUAUCUACCUCAACAGAUUUGGUCUUAAGCAAGAGGCAAACGUCUUUCCUAUUCUCAAGGCCUUGGGACAAGUCAAAGACCCAAAGGAACCCCAACUCAGCAACACCGAGAGACUAUUUGCUAAAGAAAUUGGAUUUUGUUCCGUUGCCCCCAGGAGAAUCAGCAAGCGAAUUAAUGCUCCUGUUUUGAAGAACAAUUCCAACUACAAAGAGACAACAUUCAUUGCCGCCCUUGUUGAAAAUGAUGGUUGUUAG